UCGAGACCUAAUAAAAGGAGGUUAAAACAGGGCGAAAUGGGAAGAGAAGGGCAUUAUCCAUUAUUUGAAACAAAGAGAGCCAGGGGAAGGUUGAUAUACAGACUAUUUUCUGUAUCUAUAUUCGUUGGUAUAUGUUUGAUUUGGGUUUACAGGCUAAACCACAUACCAAAACAUGGUGAAGAUGGAAGAUGGGUUUGGAUUGGUUUGCUUGGUUCUGAACUUUGGUUUGGAUUUUACUGGCUUCUCACUCAAGCCCUUCGCUGGUCUCGUACCUACAGAUUCACCUUCAAGGAUAGGCUCUCUCAAAGAUUUGAGAAUGAGUUGCCUGGAGUGGAUAUAUUUGUAUGCACAGCAGACCCAACAAUUGAACCACCAAUGAUGGUAAUCAACACUGUUCUAUCAGUGAUGGCCUACGAUUACCCACCUGAGAAGCUAAGUGUGUAUCUCUCAGAUGAUGGUGGUUCUGAUCUCACAUUCUAUGCUCUUUUGGAAGCUUCUGAGUUUGCCAAGCAAUGGAUACCAUUUUGCAAGAAAUUCAAUGUGGAACCGAGGUCACCAUCUGCUUACUUUGCUUCCAUUAGCAAUGUUUCAAAUGGUAGUCAUUCUAAUCAGGCUAUCAAGAAAUUAUACAAGGGCAUGGAGAACAGAAUUGAAAAUGCAACCAAACUAGGCCGAGUCCCGAGUGAAAUAAGAUCGAAACAUAAAGGAUUCACUCAUUGGGAUUCUUAUUCUUCUCCACGUGACCACGAUAGCAUUGUUCAUAUCUUUCUUAAUGGGAGAGACCCAAAUACCACAGAUGUUACAGGAUCCACGUUGCCAACUCUUGUAUAUUUGGCUCGAGAGAAGAGACCCCAACAUUUCCACAACUUCAAAGCUGGAGCUAUGAAUGCCUUGAUUAGGGUAUCAUCAAAGAUUAGCAAUGGACAAAUCAUUCUUAAUGUUGAUUGUGAUAUGUAUUCAAACGAUUCUAAGUCCAUCAGAGAUGCACUUUGCUUCUUGAUGGAUGAGAAAAAAGGCCAUGAAAUUGCAUUUAUUCAAUUUUCACAAUAUUAUGAAAACAUUACUAGGAAUGACUUGUAUGGUGGUUCAUUACUAGUAAUCAGGGAGGUGGAAUUCAAUGGUUUGGAUGGUUUUGGAGGCCCUCUUUAUACUGGAAGUGGCUGCUUUCACAGGAGGGACACUUUUUUGGGGAGAAAGUUUAGUAUUGGAUACAAGCACGAAGAAAAGAGGGAGAGUACAAAAAGAGAAAGUGUACUUGAAUUAGAAGCACAAUCAAAAGAACUGGCAAGCUGUACAUAUGAGGAAAACACUCAAUGGGGCAAAGAGGUCGGGUUGAAAUAUGGGUGUCCUGUAGAAGAUGUGAUAACAGGGCUAUCAAUCCAAUCCAAGGGAUGGAAAUCAGUGUAUUAUAAUCCACCAAGGAAAGCUUUCUUAGGUGUAGCUCCAACCACACUGUCUCAGACGCUAGUACAGCAUAAGAGAUGGUCUGAAGGUGAUUUACAGAUCUUGCUGUCUAAAUACAGUCCUGCUUGGUAUGCAUACAAGAAGAUCAGUUUAGGCCUCCAACUUGGAUAUUGCUGCUACUGUCUUUGGUCUCCUAAUUCCUUACCCAUACUAUUUUACUCUAUUAUCCCUUCACUUUACCUCCUCAAAGGCAUUCCUCUGUUUCCACAGAUUUCAAGCCCUUGGAUCAUACCAUUUGCAUAUGUGAUUGUUUCCAAGUACACAUAUAGCUUAGCAGAGUUUCUAUGGUCUGGUGGCACAAUCUUAGGUUGGUGGAAUGAACAAAGGAUAUGGCUCUACAAGAGAGCAAGCUCCUACCUCUUUGCUUUCAUUGAUACCAUUCUAAAAUCCCUCGGAUUUUCCGAGUCUGGAUUUAUAAUCACUGCCAAAGUAGCCGAUGAAGAUGUUUCGCGACGAUAUCAGAAUGAGAUUAUGGAAUUUGGAACCUCAACUCCAAUGUUCACCAUUUUAGCAACACUUGCAUUGCUCAAUCUGGCAUGCUUUGUUGGUGUGGUAAAACAGUUAGUCAUGGGAGGACUGGAGGGUAUUGAAAAAGUGUAUGAGACAAUGUUUCUCCAAAUUCUUCUGUGUGGGGUUUUGGUUUUAAUUAACUGGCCUUUGUACCAAGGCCUUUUUCUAAGGAAGGACAAGGGAAGGUUGCCAAGCUCAUUGGCAAUGAAAGCUGGGUUACCCAUAUAUGCUGCUGCUGUAUUCAUAGCAUUUAUGUUGAGCCUGGAAGCAGUUUUUGGGAUCAGAUUUGUGAUUGACCGAGAAGAAUGCUUCUCUCAUAAUGUCGAGUAUCACGGGGAUACUGUUCAUGUCUCUUUUGUUGUAAUCAAGGUUGAAUCAUCUUGGCAUUAUACUCAGGACGGAGUUGAUCUUGUGGUGAAGGGACCAUCUGGGCAUCAGAUUCAUGAUUUUCGUGACAAGACAAGUGACAAGAUUGAGUUCGUGGCUCAUGACAAGGGAGUCUACCGUUUCUGCUUCACUAACAAAUCACCUUAUCAUGAAACCAUAGAUUUUGAUGUACAUGUUAGUCAUUUUUCAUACCUCGAUCAGCAUGCAAAAGAUGAGCACUUUAACCCUUUGCUAGAACAGAUAUCAAAGUUAGAGGAAGCUCUGUACAACAUUCAGUUUGAACAGCAUUGGCUAGAGGCUCAAACUGAACGCCAGGCGAUAGUGAACGAUGCAAUGAGCAAAAUGGCAGUUCAGAAAGCCCUUCUUGAAUCAGCAGCUCUAAUUGGUGCCAGUUUCCUCCAAGUUUACCUUCUUCGCCACCUCUUUGAACGGAAGCUCGGGAUGUCUAGAGUCUAACGUUGGCAGGGAUGGUAGGAUAAAUUAUCAGUCGAAAAGAUUGCAGCGGCCUCUAAUCUUAUACUUCUGUUGUAUUAAAGUGCUUGAACAAGAUUAUUAAGUUAAACAUUGUUGCAAACCACCAGUAAUCUAAAUUUAAGGCUCUGGAGAUGAGAGAAGUUGCCACAUUUACAAAAAAAACUUAUCAUAUAGGGCCACAUUUAGAAAAAAACUGUUUUAAUCUGGGAAAGAAAGUUUAUUCUGAGGCGUCAUGGGGGGUUGUUUGGCUUUGUUUAUUUAAGGAGUAUAGCUGACAUAUCUA